AUGACGGCUGACGUGAAAACCGAGUGGAGGUACUUUAAGAUUGACUUUCUUCAGGCUGCCGCCGACUGUGAUGGUUCAAAAGAGAUUGAUCUGUUGCUAGUGGACAGGAGAAGUUCAGCGGGCAAUAACGCCAUUUUCAAAAGUGCCUUGGAAGUAAAAAGUCUUUACCGCAGCUUCGGUGUAAAGAAGAACGCAAGGCAGUGGUCAAAACAAAAACUCAUACCUGGGAAAAGUUCGGCGAUGUGCUACAAUUCAAUUGUUAGACGACAAACGAGCAUUUCUGGAAGACCGUCGCUGAGGUCGGGAACAGCUGGUUUCGAUAAUUUCCAGAACAACCAUUCGUAUGACAAAAUCAAGCUGAACUCCAAAAAUGACAAUUUUCUGCUUCCGCAGUAUUAUCCUAAUCCGGAAGCUGAUGGAGCCCCGAAUUUUCAUAAAAAUGGCAGUCGUCUGGAUAGUGGCUUUUCAUACGCGCAUGAAAAUGGCUAUGUUCCCACUUGGAAUGGUUCUCAGGGUUUUGCAGCUUAUCCAUCUUACUUCCAUGGUAAAAAUGUAUUCCCUCAAUAUUCCACUUUGCCGAAGUCUUUUUAUAGUGACAGGUUUGUUAUGGUUCCGGUGUUCUCCGAUGAACCAAAUGCAAAGGAUAUCAAAGCAGGAUGCGAACGUUCAAUGACUCUUCCUGAAGGAGGGUCAAAGCAGAUGGCAAAGGAAAGCGCGACUCUCAGAAGAGAGGCUGACCUCAUAGAUUCCUCCGCUAGUUCAGGCUCAGAAAAGAGGGUCUUACCCAACGGAAAAAGUUGCAAUCAGAAACUGCAGAUGAUUAAGAUAGACGAUGAAAAAGCCGCAGAACAGCAGUUCUGGAAGACAUUCCCGCGAAGGUCCGUACUUGAAGUCCUGUCUUACAUGCAUCUCACUCUUGGGCUUGCGUUGUUGAUUACUGGAGCCAUAAAAGUAACGUCACAUUCGUGGUGGACAGCGACGGCUGAGCUGACCGCUGCUAUCUUCGUCACGAUCAUGGGAAUCAUCGGUAUCAUUGGAUUUCGAGGUCGAAACCGAUGUUCCGCGAUAGCGUGCUUUAUUAUGAAUAUACUGGGCUGCAUAAUCAUUGUUUAUCCUUUCGCUUUCAGUAAGUUUAUUUUAAUUUGACA